AUGUCUACCCCGACCCCCAAGCGGCGCCGCCGCAUGACCAACACAUCCACAGCAUCAACUGAGCCGGAAGGCUCACCAGCCAAGACACCAUCUAAAUCGAGACCUGCCUACAACCGCGAGCUUACCGAUGCCCUGUGCACGGCUGCCGAUCUACAAGAGACCCGAGACUGGAUCAACAAGCAGAUCCAAGGGUGGAACUCUAAGCCACCAAAAGCGUCCGCCCUCCCUCCCUACACCGCGAUGAUAAUGACUGCCGCAGGCGAAUACCAGCUGCCCCCUAUGAGCGUCAAGCUCUCAGAUGAACACGUCUAUAUGGUCACCAAAUUCCUGUCCGUUAAACAGAGGAAACAGCACGACUGGACCGAGGACUUUAACAACGCUGGUGAAAUCCGUGCCGACCGCACCCCACUAGCUCCAAGCCCCCUCCUCAUCGCCUUCAACGUCCCAUUUAUCCCGGUCUUCCGCGGAUAUUACAUCCUCGCCGGUCCUCAAGCCGCCAAAAAGUACGGCACAUCGUCUAACAUCAAGAACAAUGCGACCACCAAGGCAGCCGGCACCGACUGGCUAGUCGGCCCGGUCAUUGCCUCCCAGGCGUUCGUCAACGAACCAAGGAAUCUCAUCCGCAUAUACCAUGACACUGCGGGAGAAAGGGUGACUACCAAGCUAGGCGACCUAACCUUUACAGGCCUUAUGCCAAGCGAGAAAGACCAGCCCGCAACCCCUAGCCGCCAUGAUCGCGUCGCAAGAGGCCACUUUGAUUUCUCACUCUGGCAUAAUGGAACCGCCCUCCGUUUCAUUAGUAUAGCCGAUCAUCCCGACUAUUACGCAAGCUCGAAGCCACGACCUGUCUCUACGCCAGCUCCAAGCCAAGCCCCCGCCCAUGCUCAGCCAGACCCCGUCAAGGACGCCCUCCUCGAACAAGCGCUUGUCGAAGCCGAUCCUACCCUACGCAACAUCUUCGACGAGGUCCACCAAGCUCAACGAACCUUCCCCGAGGCUGUCGACACAAGCCACUACCCGACCCUGAUUGGGAACCUACAGCUCUUCAGGAAAGCUCGAGCGGAAAUCGAGAAGCUGGACUCCCACUACGCCGCCUGCCUCCAAGCCUGGACAGAUAUUUCCGCUAAGGUCGAGGGCCUCCGCCCAGCCGCGAAACAAUUCAUGCUAGACCGCCUCCAGCCUCUCAAAGACCACCUAAAGACCCUUGCAGUCCUGAAGCAAACCUGCCAAGGCCCCGCAGGGAUUCCAUCACACCUCCUGCCAAGCCCGGACAUACCGCAGCGGCCACCGUCCCGUUCACCCACUCCGACGCCGAUAGCUAUAGACUUCGCGUACACAGAAUAUGACGGCCCAGUUCCCGACCCGGUCGAUCAGACACCAGAAUCUACACCCCAGCCACAAGCCUCCACCCCUCUCCCCGAGCCGACCGUCCAAGCACAACCUACUGAACCCCUUCCGCAUGUUUCCACCCCUACUACUACCCGGCCAGAGCCUCCUACCCCCCCGUCCGCCUGUCUUCACUCCACCACCCCGCAUGCCUACCCCCCAGCACCUAUCCAAGAAGCUCCGGACCUACUCCCCCAAGCGGAAGCUAUUCCCCCUCCGCCAGACUGUCCUCCGCCACCGGGCUCCCCUAUUCCCCCCCCUCCACCAGGCUCCGAGCUGGAUAAUGAAGCCCGCGAGGCUAUACGAAAAGCAAACGAAGCCUGGGCAAUCAUUCAGGCCGAUCCUGAAAGCUGA